GCCAAGCGAGCUGUCAGUGUGCUAGCUGACUUGGUGGAGUGAGGUUGCACGUUGCCUUUCUCCCGACGCCUUGACUUGGGAUCAUCCUGUACCUGUUCUGCGCUUCACCUCUCCUCUCUUCCUUCACUUCACACUCCUAUUAUAAUGAAGAAGUUUGAUCUGAAAAUAGACAAAAUCACUCAAUAGAAGAAAGUGAUACAGCUGUGGUGGUCGAGUGUUGGCGUGAGUAGCAGGGCGACUACUCAGACCGUGAACAGGGAGUGAAGAUGGAGACUACAGGAAGACCGUCUGUGGUGGACGAAAAAAAUGACGCCAACAGCAAAAGUCAUUGUGAGGGGGACGACGACGAGGACGAUAGCAGCCGCGGCACAACUGACAGUCGCUGCAGCACCCCAGGAAGUAAUAGUGGCUCAUCUGUGGUCAAGUAUCAACUGCGACCCAGGUCAUAUAAGUCUCGCUACCUGUACGAUCCUGACUGGAGUCUGCCGGAGCCGGCGGGGCCCAAGACACGGCCGCCGCCGCUGUCUCGCUACCGCAGGAAGACAGCCAACGCCCGAGAGCGGUGCCGCAUGCGUCAGAUCAACACAGCCUUCGAAAGCCUGCGGGGCGUGCUGCCCUCAUGGGUGUGUCGCCGCCGCGCCGCCGCUGACAUGACCAAGAUCGCCACACUGCGACUCGCCUCCGCCUACAUCAGGUCUCUUCAGGAUAUGUUGGACGGCAAUGCACCGCAGGACACAUGCGCCUGGGUGCUCUCGGGCAUCCUAAACCAGGACAAGGAAACCAAGGAGCCCCAGGCAGCCUUGUGCCAUCCCAGCAGCGUGCCCAGCAAGGGUCAGCAGCACCAUCAACAGCAGCAGCAACAGCAGCCUCCUACCUACACUCAAGAUCCGGACCUGGUGACCCUCCUUUGCGGCGCCGCGGAGUCGGGACUCUUCCAGGACAACCUCGAGGCCCUUCCAUACCUUACUCCACCCAGUGACACGGACAUAUUUAAUUUCACCCUGGGCUGCGACACACCUCGUCCCUGGCAGCAACAGCACACGCAGCACGCCGCGCUGGCUACCUGAGGCCUGUCAUCACUAAGACGCUUCUCAAACAGAUUAUCGUCAUAAUACAGUUUCCAGUCCAUAUUGAAAAAUUAAAACAGAUUAUUUGUGUUGUGGGAGACUUUUUUAGAGUCCGUAGAAAGCCUCGCGGGGGAAGAAUGUGACAAAAUAUUAUUUGAUUGGUGCUUUUAACGUUUAAACAAUUAUACAUUCUUGACAAGUGCAAUACGAAAAUGACACACUCAUCAGUUCAUAUCAAGUUUAUGUUGCUAAAUACAGCUGAUAAGGGUUAAAUAAUUUUUGAAAAGUUUAGUGUCUCCGGUGUUAUUCAGUUUGUAUAUGACACAACGAGUUUUACUUUUAGUGACAACAUUCCAUGUGAUUACUUCUUCUUUACAUUUAAUUAAGUAAUAUGUCAUCAAAUCUUGAUGGAGCAUUGUGCUCCUGUGCUCUAAUGUGACACUUACCUUGUUUUAGUUUCAUAAUAUUUACUUAUACUUAAGUUUCUAAGAUUUAUUGAAGCGUUACACAAACUUUCAAUUUUUGCAACCAUUGUGCCUUCCUGAUGUACACCUUUCCUCAGGCUACGUACGGACUGCCGUCACCAUCCGUUCACGGCAAGGUUGUCGUCAUUGAUCAAAGAUGAAUAUGAAAUGUCCGCAGAGUUGUUGAUGUGGUGACCAAUGAGUUUCAUAGUGAUAUUUCUCUCUCUCUCUCUC